AUGCUGCAUGUCUAUCAGCCAAAGGAUGCCGGAACAUGUCUCGCUUCUCGCCAUGCUGUCUUCAUUGGAGACUCUGUCACCAGGAAGUUGUUUUUUCAGUUCUCGAAUAUCGUCGAUUCCAGCCUGCCCACCGCACCUCCCGACGACGAUCUCAAGCACACCGACCAUCUCCUUGUUUCCAAGUCAGGCGUCCGACUGUCUUUCUAUUGGGACCCUUUCCUAAACUCAUCACAUCUCGACGACGCUUUGUUUGUUCGAGGUCCCAUUCAGACACCAUCAGGCGCACCUUCGGUUGAUCGUCCGGCGUUGCUCGUUCUUGGCUCUGGCCUCUGGUAUUUGCGCUAUUCAUCCACAUCUGGAGGUCUUUCUGCAUGGGAGGCAAAGAUGGAGUCUGUGUUGGAUUCUGUAUCCAGAGGACGCCAUCAUCUCGCCGACGAGACUGUAAUUCUUCCUAUCGAGGACGUCGUGGUAGACAAGCUAUCCCAUGAGCGGGCGAGCACCAUGCUUGCCUCCGACAGAGAUGCAAUGAACUCCGACCUGUAUCACAGAAUACACCCCUCUUCUGGAGAUUUUCUCUCUUUCUUCUCGUCCUCUCAGCUAAAGCCACCUGCAUCGCUGCCGAUAGUAUUUAAUGAGAUGCUUGACCCCUCACAAACCGAGGACGGUCUGCAUUUCUCAGACGCUGUUGUCAGGAUGCAGGCAAACGUCCUUCUCAACAUGCGCUGUAACGAUGAACUGCCAAAAUACUUUCCCCUCGACAAGACCUGUUGUAGGAGUUAUCCAUGGCCGUCGAUCCUGCAACUCAUCAUACUUGCCGCCGUGAUCUUGUGGGGACCCUACUCGUGGUUUCUUUCAUAUAGACUGGGUCCGAAAUACACUGGAUCCUCGCUCAUCAGAGAAGAACAAAUGCCCUCCUUAAUAUUCAGCGCUGCCAUUGCCAUUAUCUUCUUGGCCGACCGGACGGGCUUUUGGUUGAAAGAACAGAAGCAGUUCGAUGCGUGGACAUUUGGUUUCCUCAACAUUCUCGGCUUAGCCAUUGGUCUAGCAACCAUCAAACGUGCAGACAAGGAUCUAGGCUUUUUGAACAGGGAACAGACCGAUGAGUGGAAGGGGUGGAUGCAAAUUGCCAUUCUCAUCUACCAUUACUUUGGUGCGUCGAAAGUGUCUGGCAUCUACAACCCGAUCCGUGUCCUGGUCGCUUCCUACUUGUUCAUGACGGGUUACGGUCACACGACUUUCUACAUCAAAAAGGCCGAUUUCAGUUUCUUGCGGGUUGCCCAAAUAAUAGUUCGACUGAAUUUGUUCACACUCCUCCUUGCGUAUACUAUGGACACAGACUAUAUAUCCUACUAUUUUGCCCCUCUUGUUUCGAUGUGGUACCUUAUCGUCUACGGCACCAUGGCUAUCGGGUCCCACUACAACGAUCGCACUAUCGUCUUAGUAUCCAAGAUUCUGCUCUCAAUGGGCCUCGUCACCUGGUUCAUGAAGGACCCAUGGUUUCUGGACACUCUAUUCCAAUUCUUGGAGAGAUUCUGUUCCAUCCACUGGUCUGCAAAAGAGUGGGCGUUCCGCGUCAACCUCGACCUUUGGAUCGUCUAUUUCGGCAUGUUCAGUGCCUUGGCCUUCAUCAAGAUACGCGAACACCGUUUAACAGAUCAUCCGCGCUGGCCUCUUGUCGUGAAGGUCGCCGUGGUCCUCUCAGGCAUCACCAUGCUCUGGUUCUUCGCAUUCGAGUUAUCCCAGCCAAACAAGUUCGUGUAUAACACCUGGCACCCCUACGUCUCAUUCCUCCCUAUCUCUGCCUUCGUUGUCCUCCGCAAUGCCAAUCCGGUGCUUCGCUCGGCUUCUUCAAAAGCCUUCGCAUUCAUCGGCAAAUGCUCCCUGGAGACGUUCAUCAUCCAAUAUCAUCUCUGGUUAGCAGCCGACACCAAGGGUAUCCUGAUGAUCAUACCAUGGACGAGAUGGCGAUCUGCGAACAUGGCCCUCACGGCGAUCACGUUCGUCUACAUCAGCCACCACGUAGCGACCGCCACCGGCGAGGUCACCGCUUGGAUCUGUGGGACGGCCAACGCGAAGAAAGCGCUGCCGACUACGACGGAGCCGUCCACCAGCAGCCGCCACGAUCGCGAUGGGUCGUAUAGCCCUUCGCCGGAAUCCGUGCCCUUGACAGCCCAUGGAGGUCCAUCAUCGUUGGUACCGAAGGACUCUGACGCCGAAGCGUCCCUUCCGGAUCCUCCGCAGACGCCCAUCCGCCCCAGAUGGGUGGAUCGGCUGGCAGAGGGCUCCACGCAGCCGACGCCUGGCUUUCGUGUGUGGUACGGAGAUACAGAAUGGCAACCAGGGGUGAAGACCAAAGUUGCCGCUGGGGUGGGAUUAAUGUGGGUGUUGAACAUUCUGUGGCCACAUCCCGUGUAG